UAACAAUUUUCCACUAUAUAACAAGGACUAAGAAUACUUGUCAGAACACAGUUACAAAGAAGUAAGAACUGGUUUUGAGUUAGUGAAAAAAGAAUGGAGAGGGAAGAAGAUGUUAAGAUUGGAGCAAACAAAUUCUCAGAAAAGAAUGCAUUGGGCACAGGAGCUCAGAGUGAUAGCAAGGACUACAAGGAAGCACCGCCAGCUCCAUUGUUUGAGCCAGGGGAGUUGAAGUCAUGGUCUUUUUACAGAGCUGGAAUUGCUGAGUUUGUUGCAACUUUCUUGUUUCUUUACAUCACUGUCUUAACUGUCAUGGGUGUGAAUAGAUCAACCUCUAAGUGUGCAUCUGUUGGUAUUCAAGGGAUUGCUUGGGCUUUUGGUGGUAUGAUCUUUGCACUUGUCUACUGCACUGCAGGAAUUUCAGGUGGACACAUAAAUCCAGCUGUGACAUUUGGUUUGUUUUUGGCUAGGAAACUGUCCUUGACAAGAGCAGUAUUCUAUAUAAUAAUGCAGUGUCUUGGAGCUAUCUGUGGUGCUGGUGUGGUGAAGGGUUUUGAGGGAAAUGCUCGUUUUGAGUUGUUCAAAGGUGGAGCAAAUGUUGUGAAUCCUGGUUACACUAAGGGGGAUGGUCUUGGAGCUGAGAUUGUUGGUACUUUUGUUCUUGUUUACACUGUUUUCUCUGCCACUGAUGCCAAGAGAAAUGCUAGAGAUUCUCAUGUUCCGAUUUUGGCACCUCUUCCAAUUGGGUUUGCUGUGUUUUUGGUUCACUUGGCUACUAUUCCUAUUACUGGAACUGGUAUUAACCCAGCUAGGAGUCUUGGUGCUGCUAUAAUAUACAACAGAGACCAUGCUUGGGAUGACCAUUGGAUUUUCUGGGUUGGACCUUUCAUUGGAGCUGCACUUGCUGCAUUAUAUCACCAGAUAGUGAUUCGAGCAAUUCCUUUCAAGACAAGGGGCUAAUGAAUCAUCAUCAUCAUCGCCAUGUGUUAUUGUUUUGAAUUAUUUAUUUGGUGUACCCAUUCUUGUUUAUUUGGUCAAAUCUUAUGUAUGUGUAAAUUAUGAGCUACUACAAGUUACUACUUCAUGUUCAUGUUGAAUAGAUUGUGGAGUGGAGAUUCUUUCAUGUUGUUAUUA